AUGGCCUGUUCUAAUACCAUUUGUACAGCAAAAUGUUACACAANAGUUCGGCACAAAGUUACGCGAGAAAACUGGUUCGAAAAUCACCCAAAAUUCAACGAAAUACAGUCAUACGGAUACUACAAUGGAAAGCCUUCGAUGGCAAGAGCAGCUAUGACAGUUUACUUGGAUUUAUGUGAAAGCAAACAUUGGUUUAGUGUGUCAAUCCAUCCCUGCGAGUCUUUGAAGUUGGUUUACAUCACAGGAAAACGAAUAAAGAAGUCCCCAUUUGAUAUUGUAGUUCCAGUUACGAUAGACACAGCUUUAACAACGGAAGAAAUUCAGAACAUUGUCCAGGAAGUUAAUCUGUGCGAAGAAAAAGAAGUGGAGGAAGACACGGGAAAUGAACGUGUCCCAAAAGUGACAAUGGCUUUUUGUGAAGCAGAUUCUACUGUUGUGUAUUACGACUUUUUCCAGGGUCUUGUUCCACCGGAUCCACCGUUUGAGGAGGAAGAAGAAGUGAAAUCCAAACGAAAGAGUACAAGACAGAAAAGGGAAGCAAGUCAAAAAUAAAAUGUGUUAGAGACAACCCGGAAGAGUGCAUCUGUAUUCACCGUACAUGUGUAUUUCUACAACCAGGAGUACAACAGCCUCUCAUCCAUUUCCUGGGUUUGUAAAACUCAACCAAGAGCGAUAGGAGGUGGCUUUAGUUGUAGCCGGGCAUUUUAUAGCUGGAUGAGACAACUCCCUCUAAUCUGCUUUAUUUUUUUUGUUUUCAUUCCUCCCUUUGGGCUGUCAUGAAAACUGAUAUUAACUAGCUGGCAGGACAGUUUACUCACAAUGCCAGUGUAAUUAGUUUGACAAAAUACGUCAUUUAUGCAUGCUAAUGAAAGUUGCUCUAAAAUAAGUUCCUUCGCAUUCCUCCGGUAGAAUAAGCCAUGGAAAAGUUAAUGAGCAAAGCAAUGAGCUCACUUUGUUGACUGACUCACUCUCACAGCUUGUCUGCUGACAUGUUAGGCCCCAUACAUAACCAUGCUCACAAGCUAUUGGGCCAGGCUUCUUUAUUUCAUUCCUUUCAAAAAGAAACUCUGUCAGAUUUUUGUCUUCCUUGUAUCCACUAACUCAACUUUAAACCUCACUCGACUCCACUCACUGGGCCAUAUUUGUAUUCUCAGUAUUGGGCUGAACUGAGGCUAAUGCAGGGAGUCUUUCCAGAUGCAAAAGACAUUAAUCUCUUUUUCAUGAUGUUCCCCCACAUGAGCCCCCAGUCCAAUACUGAGAGUACCACAAUGGCCUGUUCUAAUACCAUUUGUAUAGCAACAUUUUCUACAAUAUGAAUAAUGAUGUCAUUAAUAAUCAUUACUAAUAUUAUUUUUCACUCCACAUUGCUAAAUCCAUCAAUUUUAUUAUUUUAAUUUCACACUUCUUUGGUUACAUGUGUACUACUCUUACAAAAGAAGUACAUCAAAAACAUAAAUAAAGCUACCAGAAUUAAGUUUGUAGCAAUAUUUACAAAUUUUAAUUCCGUCAUAAGAAUAUUUACAGUAUUUCCUUUUCAUGUUUUAUCUUAUUUUGACUGAUAAUAUGUCCCAAGUUAGCAAUGCAAAUUAUUUUGACAAAACCAAUCUUGCUACUAAUGAAAUUAAUUUUGUUUAACAAUAAUGCCAGUAAAACCCGUCAACACCUGUUUCAAUUUCUUUUGAAAGACAAGGUUUGUACUCUUUUGGGCUUUUGAAAUUCCAUGACUUUCCAUGACCUUUACCAUGAUCUUUCCGAGUUUUCUAUGACCUACACUGUAUGUUAAGCAGUUGUUCUCAACGUAUUGUCAAAACAAUCUUUUAUUUAAGGUAUUUUCCCACAUUAUGACGCAUGAGUGCUUGUGUUAAUUUUUUUACUGGAAUUAACUGGUUUCAAGACUUGUCUGUUGUUUUUUCUGAACUUUUGAUUUUUUUUCCUGUUCAUUCUCAGAAAGUUUCUUGCUUUUCCAUGA